AGCAGUUGUAGGAUGAGGAUGGCCGCUGUGGAAGUGGGCAAAACAACGGGGAGUCACGAGUGCGGAGGAUGCGGGAAGCGAAUAAACGACCGGUAUCUGCUCAAGGCCGUGGACCUGUACUGGCACGAGGACUGCCUCAAGUGCGGCUGCUGCGACUGCCGCCUGGGCGAGGUCGGCUCCACGCUCUACAAGAAGGCCAAUCUCCUGCUCUGCAAGAGGGACUACCUGAGACUAUUUGGCACCACGGGUCACUGCGCUGCAUGCAACAAGGUCAUCCCCGCCUUUGAGAUGGUGAUGAGAGCCAAGACGAAUGUAUACCACCUUGAGUGUUUCGCUUGUCAACAGUGCAACCACAGAUUCUGCGUCGGCGACCGCUUUUACCUCUGCGACAACAAAAUCCUCUGCGAAUACGACUAUGAGGAGAGGAUGGUGUUCGCCAACAUGUCGUAUUCGUCCGAUUCUCUCGCCCACAUCAAGCGACAACAGCCCCCGGAGGAAUCCAACAUGGCUCAACGAGGCGCCGCUCCCCCCCUCGGCCCCACCCUCCCUCCAAUGAUGAUGAACGGCCUGGGCCUGGGCGGCGGAGGGCCGGGCACUUCGGGCCUCCACCUCCCAGGGGGCGUGAGCGAUCGCGGCCUGGGAGACCACCACCACCUGGGUGAGGGCGGCGGAGGGGGCGGGAGCGGCCUGAAGGCGCCCCCGCCCAGCUCCGCCCCUCCGCAGCCCAACAGCUCCAACCACGCGGUGGCCGCCGACGACGCCUCCAGCGGCUACGGCAGUCCCGACUCGCUGACCAUGGAGGACCGAUGAGACGCGGCCGGGAGGGGGCGAAAGAGGCGGCGUACGUGACCACCACAGCCUCCUUCGCUGCAACACCAACAACACUCUCAGUUACCAUCGCAGGGGCCACCCCACUUUCUCCCGCAGGGGCCGCAGAUGCCGCCGCAGAUGUUGCAGCCGCCAAUGUCGAUCCCGCAAGUUCCAUCUCAGGUGCCGCAGUAUGCCAACCAGCUGCAGCAGUACGGCGUGCCGCAGCAGAUGCCAUCACAGCUGCCGUACCGAGCGCAGAUGCAGCCGCCUCAGUCUCCGGCGCAGCUCUUCUCCAUGAUGCCCCCGCGCAUGCAGAUGCAGCAUCCGUCGCCCUCCCAGGCCCUUCCGCCGCCGAUCCUGCGAAGGGCGGGCGGCCAGGCGCACCCCCGCUGGCGGCCCUAGCUCGGAGCCCGAGUCGCGGCGGCGACGGACACCACCGGGUGACCGCAGGUGGCGUGGCGGCCGCCGUGGCUCGUGCAGGCUGCGGAUCGUGCAAGAGAAGCCCCUCGCGGCGACACCCGACACCUCCGUCGACGCCGCGCGGCACUUGUACGGCCCAAGAGAUGGAGCGCGAAGGUGUGGCGACCGAGCCCGUCUCCGGCGCGAUGGGUGGAGGAUUCUGUCCGAGAACACCUGGAGCCGAAGGCCUUCAGCCAGGCGAGGGAGACGCCCUUCGACAGGGAGGGCGAAGGACAGCGAGGAAGGCGAUACUCGGGAAACCCGCGUUCCUUCACUCCCUUGCCACCCACUGCAGCGAUGGUAACACGAAGACUUGUAAGGCGAGUCAUAGAGCCGUUGUGAGUAACCCUCUCCCGUGUGAACCGAACACAAACGACCUGCAAACUACCCCCCCCCGCACCCCCAACCCCGACUCCGGAAGACCAGCAACAAAGCAGUCCGUUUACCGCAUCAAUAACCAAGAACGAAGCCACCAAUAGUCUUACCGCAAGCAUCAAGCAGACGCAAGAACCGCCCCCCCCCCUCCCCCCCAAGCCGAGGAAAAGAGGGGUUCCGACGUUAGAUUUUCUCGCAAACAGAAGCAAGGACUUGUCACAUUUUUUUCUUAAGACUCUGUUAUGUGAUAUGUAAAGCAUUACAAUGAUGAGGGAGUUGGAAGAUCUUCAACUACAUCAUUAAUAUUAUCUUGUAAAUAUAUUUUUAAGGCUACUGUGUGAGAUUACGGACUCUACCCUUUUGUGAAAGUGUAAGGAAUUUUAGGGAGACUUUCAUCAACCAUUGCAUGUACAGUGACGGAAAACUCUUCCUGUUUUGGUGUGCCAUAAGGAGCAAUUACUCUCUAGUGAUCAGUUAGAUUUUCGUCUCUACGGAGUAAUUGAAUAUAUAUCCUCGUUCAUCGGACAAAACUGCGCUAGUCAAAUGAGGAAACAGAAGUGAAAGGUUGAUCAAGAGGAAAGUAAAAAAAAAAAUAAAGGGGGAAAAUAUAACCACACCAAAAGUGCUCGCGAGGCUUUUUGUGUUUACAAGGAACUGAAGAAAAAAAAAAA